CAAAAUUUUAUUAUAAAAAAUCCCCUGUUUGUCUGUAUCAUCGUCUCGCCCUCCUCUGCCUCCAUUGAAGAAGAAAGGGAAGAAAGGAAGAAAAAUGGAUCACGCGGCGGAUGCACUGCGGACGGACUUGAUGACGAUAACGAGGUACGUGCUGAACGAGCAGUCGAAGCACCCAGAGUCCCGCGGCGACUUCACCAUCCUCCUCAGUCACAUUGUUCUCGGCUGCAAAUUCGUCUGCUCCUCCGUCAACAAGGUCUCUCUCUCUCUCCCUCUGUUCAUAGAUGUUCCUACUGAAUUGAAAUUCAAACAAUCCGAAUGGAUGGAUGGAUUCGUUUGCCAAUUUUUCCCUUCUGCUAAUUCGUGUGCGUGUUGGUAUUUUUGGUACGGUAACUGAAGUUAAUCUGAGGAGGGGGGGGAUCUGCCGUAAUCCGUUUUUUUGCUAUCUUCUUUCUUAGCUGCUAAAUAUUUUUCCUUCUUACCUUAUCUGAUUACUAGAGCUUGAAGGUAAUCUACUCAUUACGUUUCGUCAAUCCAUUUUCAAACAAAAACCAUAAAUUGUCAAACAAAAAUAUGGUGACUAGUUGCUGCGUCACCUUAAAACUCGGAGAGAUAUUGGGGAGACUUUAUACAAAAAAUUUGUUAUUAAUCGUUUCUAUGAUAUAUAUAUAUGUGCAGGCUGGUCUGGCGAAAUUGAUUGGGCUUGCAGGGGAGACCAAUGUUCAGGGUGAAGAGCAGAAGAAACUGGAUGUGCUCUCCAAUGACGUCUUCGUCAAAGCAUUAGUCAGCAGUGGCCGCACUUGCAUUCUUGUGUCUGAGGAAGAUGAAGAAGCGACCUUUGUCGAGCCAGCGUUGCGUGGCAGGUACUGUGUCGUCUUCGAUCCCUUGGAUGGAUCCUCCAACAUCGACUGUGGUGUCUCGAUUGGAACGAUUUUUGGGAUUUACAUGGUGAAAGAUUUUACUGAGCCUACCCUAGACCAAGCGUUGCAGCCAGGGAAGAACAUGGUUGCUGCUGGUUACUGCAUGUAUGGAAGCUCCUGCACGUUGGUGCUGAGCACAGGGAGUGGAGUGAAUGGGUUCACUCUUGAUCCAUCCCUUGGGGAGUUCAUACUCACUCACCCUGAUAUUAAGAUUCCAAAGAAGGGCAAGAUCUACUCGGUGAAUGAAGGGAAUGCCAAGAAUUGGGAUGGUCCUACAGCCAAGUAAUCAACUCCAUUCCAGACAUAGGUUAUUGUCUAAUGAACUUGUUUCUUGUAUGCCUUACUUUGACAAUUUUGUGGCUGAUCAACUCUUUAAGGUAUGUGGAAAACUGCAAGUUCCCUAAAGAGGGUUCCUCACCGAAGUCCCUUCGAUACAUUGGAAGCAUGGUUGCUGAUGUGCACCGCACGUUGCUUUAUGGAGGCAUAUUCCUGUACCCAGCUGACAAGAAAAGUCCCAGUGGCAAACUUCGUGUCUUGUACGAAGUCUUCCCAAUGUCAUUCCUGAUGGAGCAAGCUGGAGGUCAGGCUUUCACCGGCAAGGAAAGGGCGCUAGACUUGGUCCCGAAGAAGAUACACGAGCGAUCUCCGAUAUUCCUGGGGAGCUACGACGAUGUGGAGGAGAUCAAAGCGCUCUAUGCUGCUGAGGCAAAGAACUAAUGGAUGGAGGAGGGACUGUUUUUUUCUGCAGCAUAGCUGUUGUGUCUAAUGGUGGACUUUGCAUUCAUAGUAUCUCGAAGAAGUUUCAAACAAAUUGUCUAUUCUCCAAUACAGUGAUAAUACACUUCUUUCUGGUUAUGUACGAUAUAUACAUAUACCAAUCCCGUAUUCUGAACAAGCUAUGAUAUAAAUGUUCGUGGAAGUGUGUUGUUGUGGUCUUGUGAUUUGCAAUAAGCACAGCACGGUGGAAAUUGGGAUUUGGUCGUGCGUAACAAAAAAGACUCUAAGCCCAAUAAGAAAACCCAUGAUAG